AUCAAAAUCUCUGACCAUUCUGCAGAUGUCUUUUCCAUAGAUUCAUUCCCCUCUAAACACGAGCAACUAUUAAGCAAAUAUCUUGUUCCUUCUGUCGCAGGUGUGGACAUUGUCAGCGUCUCCAGCCAACUUGGAAUGAUUUGGGAGAUAAAUACAACAACAUGGAAAACCCCCAGGUCUAUGUUGUUAAAGUGGAUUGUACUACAGAUACUCCACUGUGCUCUGAAUUUGGCGUCCGAGGAUACCCUACCCUAAAGCUGCUUAAACCUGGACAAGAACCUCUGAAAUACCAAGGCCCUCGGGACUUCCAGGCACUGGAAAACUGGAUGUUGGAGAAACUAAAUGAGGAACCAUCUGAUUCAGAAUCUGAUGUGGAACCACCAAAAGCCCCUGAACCUAAGCAGGGAAUGUAUGAACUCUCAGCAGACAAUUUCAAGAUGCACAUAGCAGAAGGUAAUCACUUUAUCAAAUUCUUUGCCCCUUGGUGUGGUCAUUGCAAGGCUUUGGCCCCAACCUGGGAACAGCUGGCUCAAGCCUUUGAACAUUCAGAAACUGUCAAGAUUGGCAAGGUCGACUGUACCCAGCAUUAUGAAGUCUGCUCUGAAACUCAAGUUCGUGGCUAUCCCACACUCCUCUGGUUUAGGAACGGUGAAAAGGGUGACCAGUACAAAGGGAAGAGGGACUUCGAUUCCUUAAAGGAAUAUGUGGAUUCCCAACUACAGAGCUCUGGGAAAGAGCCGCCAGCAGAUAAACCUGCUGAAGCCCCACAGCCACCCGCAGAUAAACCCGCUGAAGCCCCGCAGGCUGCAGUGCUCUCUCUCUCUGAAAAAGACUUCGAUGCAACCAUUGCUACAGGGAUCACCUUUAUUAAAUUCUAUGCUCCAUGGUGUGGUCACUGUAAGAACUUGGCUCCAACUUGGGAGAACCUUGCCAAAGAGCAAUUUCCAGGUUUGACUGAUGUCAAAAUAGCAGAAGUAGACUGCACUGUGCAACGUAACGUCUGCAACAGAUUUUCUGUACGGGGUUAUCCUACACUUCUACUUUUCCGAGGUGGAAAGAAAGUCAGUGAACACAAUGGAACGAGAGACCUUGAAUCACUGCAUAGCUUUGUCUUACGUCAGGCAAGGGAUGAAUUGUAAUAAAAAUCUGGAUGCUCCGUCCCUGACUGUCUUUGUACAGUAGCUGAGGGAUUUCAAUCAUUGCUAAUUUUCAAAUAGUGUAUUUGGGGGUGGGUGGGGUGGGGAUUGGGGCAUUUUUUUGUUUAUUUGUUUUUAGGAAAUUGAAUGUACUGAACAUUGGUAUCUUCCCUCUGUGUGUGUGUUAAAGGCACAUUACCCCGAGUGUGAAGGAAAACUAACAAGUAGUUACUGUGCAAACUGAGAAUAUUUUCAGUAUUGGUAGUACUACUGCAUUUCUGCGUUUCCGCAAUGAAGUGUAAAUGGUUUCCUUUGAGACUAAAAUACAUGAAGAAAAACCAACUUAAGGGCACCAGUAGAAUAUUUUUGUCUUCAAGUUAGAUUUGGUUAAAGUGUAAUUCUUACAAACUGCCCACCAUUACUAGAAAGGUAUAAGCUACAGCUGCGUUGAGUCACUUUUGCCUCUAGAACUGUACUUGAAACCCUAUUUGUCUUAAUAUAGCUGCUGGUUAAGAAAUGGAAAGUCACAGGAGGUUGAAAACACACACACCUUUGGAAGAUACCAGGCCACCAUGAGCUGGUUGUUUCCUGUUAAUCCUCUCAGCGUGGGAGGUCUAGCCAUAAUGAAAGUGAUGGUACUGUAACACGUGCCUGAACAUUACUGAUGCCAUAGUGUACAUGUGUCAGGUGGAUUUUCGUAGGCUGCUUCCGUCCAGCUCCAGAGGAGUAACUAUGCUCUACUUAUAUAGAGCCAAAGUGAAUAGGCGCUAUUAUAACUGCUCCGUUAAUAUUAAAUGAUCAGUUAGACUUCAGAGCUGAUGACACGCGUUUCCUACCCUCGCCUGAAUCCAGACUUUGUGCUGACCUGCUCCUUAUUCAAAGUACUUAGAGAGUAACAAGCAGUACGUUUAAUUUUUUUUUCCAUUCAGUUAUUCUACAGUAGUGUAAAAUAGUUCCCCACUCUUCUUGAGCCUUAAC